GUGCAGCAAAACCUCAUAACAGUAAAAAUUGGGGAGUAUCAUGUUAAAGUCAUGCUGAAGUGAAACUUAACUGGAGAGACGGAGUGUGUAUUGUAUAUGUUAGGACAGUCUCGCAUACACUUCAGAAAUAUUUUUAAAACAACUACAUGCUAUAGGCCUUGUUUGAUACAGUACUACAAACAGAAACAGCAGAGAAAGCAGCCACAGUUAUACACAGAUAUGGCGUCCUCCAGCAGUUUCCUGUUGGAAGAGCAGUUUCUGUGUUCUAUAUGUCUGGAUGUGUUCACUGAGCCUGUCACCAUUCCAUGUGGACACAACUUCUGUAAGGCCUGUAUCAGAAAGUACUGGGAAAGAAAUGACCUAUGCCAGUGUCCAAUGUGUAAAAGCGUGUUCGAUAGAAAACCAGAAUUUUUUGUCAAUAAUUUAAUUUCUGAGAUGGCUGCUCAGUUCAGGAAGUCAGUUCAAGUGAACACUACCAGCAGCCCAGACCAACGCCCUCCUGAGCCUGGAGAAGUAGCCUGUGACGCCUGCACUGGCACGAAGUUCAAGGCUCUGAAGUCCUGCCUGGAGUGUAUGACCUCUUAUUGUGAAACUCAUCUGCAGCCGCAUCAGAUAGCCCCAGCCCUGAAGAGACACAAGCUAAUUGCCCCUGUGGAGAACCUAGAAGACAGGAUGUGUAAUGAGCACAACAAACUCCUGGAGCUGUUCUGUAGGAGUGACCAGACGUGUGUUUGUCUCUUGUGCAUGAAAACAGAACACAAGACUCACUACACUGUCCCUCUAGAGAAAGAGUAUAGACAGAGAAAAGUUCAGCUGGGGAAGAUGGAGGCAGAAGUGCAGCAGAUGAUCCAGGAGCGACUUCAGAAGGUUCAGGAUAUAAAACACUUAGUAGAGAUCAGCAAGAGAGAUGCAGAGGGAGAGAUAGAAGACAGCGCACAGGUCUUCAUUGCUCUGGUGCGCUCCAUUGAGAAAAGUCAGGCUGAGUUCAUUGAGGUAGUUGAGGAGAAGGAGAAAGCAGCAGAGAGGAAGGCUGACAGGCUCAUUAAAGAGCUGCAGCAGGAAAUCGCUGAGCUACAGAAGAGAAGCACUGAGCUGGAGCAGCUCUUACACACUGAGGACCAGCUCUACCUCCUCCAGAGCUCUCCAUCCCUCAGCACCCUACCUCCCACCAAGGACUGGUCUGAGAUCAGUAUUCACACCAGUCUGGGUGUGGGGAACCUGAGAGGAGCUAUGUCUAAGCUGGAGGAGACACUCUGGAGUGAUGUGAAGAAGUUGAUGUAUGAUACUGAAAUUAAGAGAAUUCAGCAAUAUGCAGUGGAUGUGACUCUGGACCCUGAUACAGCACAUCCCGGUCUCAGCCUGUCUGAGGAUAGGAAACAAGUGAGACAUGUAGACAGGAGACAGAAUCUCCCUGACAACCCAAAUAGAUUUUCCUUAUGUACCGGUAUCCUUGGAAAGAAGGGCUUCUCCUCAGGGAGAUUCUACUAUGAGGUGCAGGUCAAGGGGAAGACUGAUUGGGAUUUAGGAGUGACCAGAGAGUCCAGCAACAGGAAGGAUUGCAUUACACUCAGCCCUCAGAAUGGAUACUGGAGUGUGUGGCUGAGGAAUAGGUAUCAGUACCAGGCCAAUACCUCUUCUCCUGUCUGCCUCUCCCCGAGAGAGCCGCUUCAGAAGGUGGGGGUAUUUGUGGAUUAUGAGGAGGGUCAAGUCUCCUUUUAUGAUGUAGAGGCCAAGUCUCAUAUCUACUCUUUCACUGGUUGCACCUUCACUGAGAAGCUCUAUCCAUACUUCCGCCCUUACAAAAAUAAUGAUGGUAAAAACUCUGCCCCUCUGAUCAUCUCUCUUGUCAGUCUCUGAGUUUUCUAUUGUCAGGCUCUGACUUUUAAAGCCUCACUGCUGAGUGAGCUAUAAACAUUUGUGUUUGUAAACGUUUGGAUUUGGAUGCUGUAAUCACAGAAUUCAAAUAACUAAGUGGCAGUUACAUUUGCAGAAACCGUACUGUAUAAAGAAUGUCAGUACAUAGAUAUUUUGUAUAACAUGUGUAUUCUUACAUGUACAUAUAUACUGCAACUGUCUAGGGAUAGGCUGUGUGUACUGUGACCUGCUGUUUAGAAUGUAUGUGUUUGAAUUUGUUGUGCAAAUGUUAUGUAUUAAUUAUAAUCUGUCUGUGCUGACUGAAGUGUGUAUAUUACGCUCAUGCAGCAUACACCCUUUGUGAAUAGUGGAUAUUAAAGCCAAUAGUCUA